AUGCUAUUUUCUCUGUCUACAGUCACAGUUUUAGUCCCGCUUCUGUCCUUAUGUGGCCUCCUGUACUCCUUGAGUGUGGAUGAGAACUUCCCACAGGGCUGCACUGACACCACCAGUGUGUGUUUUUAUAGCCUGUUGUUGCCCGUCACUAUUCCCGUGUACGUCUUUUUCCAUCUGUGGAAAUGGAUGGGAAUCAAACUGUUCCGGCACAACUGAGAGAUGCCAAUAAAGUUUUAUUAUACUACAUGAAA